AAGCCAGCGCCCAGCAGCACCCAACAGAACACUCCCUCCCGGCCUCCGUUUAAAACCGGAGCGCCCUCCACCGCCCAAGGCGCUCACUCGCCACUGCCAGCUCCACCGUGCCGGCCGCCACCUCGCGCGCGCGUACGUCUCAAAGCCCCGCGUCCACCACCAUGGCUUCGGCACGUCACACGCUGCUGCUGCUGCCGCUGCUACUCCUCGCGGCCGCGACGAUGGCGGCGCUCGCCGUCUCCGGCGGCGCCACGGCGGCGUCGGAGCUGAUGAUGUCGACCAUCCACGCGCGCGUCGCGGCGGAGUGGGCGUGGUCGUCGGCGGCCGGGGCGGCGUCGUCGUCGUCGUCCGACGACUCGUGCUGGGGCUCGCCCGAGGAGUGCCCCGUCGUGUACGACGUGGACGCCGAAGGCGGCGGCGCGGCCGCGCCGAGGGCCCGGAUGCGGCUGCAGCUGUACGACGACGUGAACGCCGCGGCCAGCCUGCUGCCGACGGCGCAGUACCUGAGCUACAGCGUGCUGAUGCCGGACACGGUGCCGUGCUCCGUGCCGGGGAUGUCCUACUACAACUGCCAGCCGGGCGCCGACGCCAACCCCUAUACACGCGGCUGCUCCGCCAUCACCCAGUGCCGCGAUUAGCUGGCUUCGCGUUCCCGUGGCGCGGCACUCUCCGGCCUUGGUUUCUUGCGUGUUGCGUUGUCGUCGUAUGGCCAUCUGCUGGAUGGCCUCAUCCCCUCGAGAGGGUGAUGGUUAUUAGGUGCUUUUACCAUCCUGAUAUUCUGAUAAGCAGAUCAAAGAAAAUUGAUUGCAGGGCAAAAGACAUGCGAAGUUCUCUCCUUUCUUUCUUUGUUUUUUUUCUUUUGUUGUUCUAUCAGCUGCCUGAUUUACUCACGAUGGGCACUGCAUUUCUCUCCCGAUUACUGCUACUCGGUCAAAAGCUGCGAUGCUAUAUACGACCCUAAAGUCCCACGACCUCACACACAUCCCCGACCCCAAGCCUCCCAUCCCCACAACAC